GGGGAAGUUUCAGGGAAAGCCAACAACCCAUAAAAGGGGCAAAAACCACCGCCUCCCUAACAAAGCUUUUCUUCAAUGGCGGAAGUGUCAUACCUCCUUCACCUCCACGAGGACGAAGAGGAUCACGACCACGCUCCUGAGCAUAUCGACACCCUCGAUUCUCUUCCCUAUUGGGGUCUCCAUGACUUCGACAGCUUCAACGUUUUUGUUUCCGAUCAUCCUCCCAUCGCUGUCCAUACCCGUGACCUGUUCCAGACCCGGCCCGAGCGUUCGCUUCAUGUUCGAGCUGUAGACGACAUUUCCGAGCCCGAUUCCAUCACCAACGUGGAUCUAUUGGACCGCGAAAAUCAGGUGAAUUUCGUUUUGAAUUUGUUUCAUCAGCGUGUUGAGCAGUCGCAUGUAAUGGGUGAGACUGAUCUGGUUUCGGAAACUCUAGAUGAUUCGGGUUUUGGGGUUAUUGAGGGAAAUGACGAAACGGGUUCGACUUAUUUGGACCUGGAUUUAGGGCUAGGGUUCGGUGCGGAAACGAAUUGUUUGGGGGUUGAGAAUUGUGAUUUCUUUGUGUCUAGGAGGGUUUCUGGCUCUGAAUCUGGUGAGUCAUCCACGGUUUCUGCGGCGGAACCGUUUGGGAGUACUGUAGGUUAUGUUGGGUUUGAAUCAGAUUCGGAUGAGGAUGGGAAUGCGUUAGAGGGAAUCGAUCUACAAGCUGAGGAUGAUUUCAGGUUGGACCAAACUCAUGAUGAUGAUACAAGUAUUCGCCUUUGUUGGGAUUCACUGCAGUUAGACGAUCAUAGGGAGACGAAUGAAGAUUUCGAGUGGGAGGAAGUGGAUGAUGUGAUUGAUGAGAGAGAAGUUCUAAACAUGGUUCUUGGUCCUGAUGAGGAGGGACCCAUCCCAUUAUUGCCUGUAGGUGAGCCCGUAGAAGUGGAUGUGGGGAGAGAAGAAAAUAUGGUGAGUUUGGAUUGGGAAGUUCUGUUGGCUGUUGGUAAUUUGGACCGGACCCUGGAAAUAGAACAUGAUUCAGAACCUUAUUUGGCUGAUCAUUAUGACUAUAUUUACACAUCUGAAUAUGACAUGUUGUUUGGCCAGUUUGCAGAAAAUGAGAAUGCUUUGACGGGUAGGCCACCUGCUUCAAAAUCUGUUGUCAAAAAUCUUCCUGUUGUGGUUUUGACACAAGGAGAUGUGGAGAAUAAUAAUGCACUUUGUGCUGUUUGUAAGGAUGAGAUUAAUGUUGGAGAACUAGCAAAGCAGUUACCUUGCAGUCACCGCUAUCAUGGGGAUUGCAUUGUGCCAUGGCUUGGUAUACGGAAUACAUGCCCUGUUUGUCGUUAUGAGCUGCCUACAGAUGAUCCUCAGUAUGAGCAAAGGAGAAACCGAAGAGCUGGUGGCCAGUGAAUGGCAAUUAAGGUCACCUUUAUAUGGUUUUGAAAUCUUUUCUGAGAAUUUCAUUGUGUAAGAUGUAGAUAAUGAUUUUGGAAAGAAAUCUGUCUCUAUCCUUGACGAUAAUGAAAUCCUUGAUAAAAUUAUGUGUUAGGUCAGGUUCUAAGAGUGUUUUAUUGGUAGAUUCUACACUAAGCGAUAUCCAUAUGAAUAAUUUUCCAUGUUCCAUACAUUAAUUGUGCUUGUUUCGUCUGGACAGUGAUACUUUUGCAAUCAA